AUGCCUAAAGAAAGAAAGACAUCUGCUUCUAAAAAAUCUUCUCAACCAAAACAGAGAAAGAAUCGUAGGCAAAUUCACCUUUUUGAAACACCAGAAUUUCAAGAAAAAUUAAAACGUUCUAUUGAUGAAAAUUUGGAAAAAAUAACUCAGGAAGAGGGAUUCGUCUUUCCAACAAACAUUCCGCUCAAAGAUUUAAUUUCCCCUUGUAAAAGGACAAGCGGAAGGAAGGGAAAGGUGACUCGCCCUCAAAACGCAUUCAUUCUUUACCAUUCGAGAUUCGAUGAAGGAGUAGAGGAACGUUUUCCAAAACCUUGGGAACCAAUGCCUCGAAUCUUUAAGCAUACUCCAGGGAUUUUACAAAAUGCCCCAUUAUCAACCAUCCCAUCUACCGAAAUAAAAUUUUAUCAAGACACUUCAGCCUCCUCGCACAUAAUACAAAUUCAACAAGAUAAUUCCGCUGAACCCGAGUAUUAUGAUUCUACAGACUCAACAUUAACAGAUUUGAAGUGCGAAAACGAACCACCCGAGAUGAUAAUGAUGAAUUAUUUCGAUGAAAUCGAAAACGCGACAAUGAAUCCUGGUACACUUUCUUUUGACGGGAAUCAAAUUGAUUCCUCACCGGAGGAUUCUUCUAAUGAAGAAAUUAAUGAUUUUUUACCAACAACCUCGAACUUUCCUUUUGAUAUGCAAUCACAGCUAUAUUAUUCAUCAUCAAUUGACGAUUCUCAAAUUUAUACCGAUCAACUAACUACCAUACCUUCAUUUAACGAUCAAAGUUCCGUCAAUAAUAUGAAUAAUUUAAAUGCUCUUUAUGAAAAUGACUCGCUACAAGCAUAUAACAUGGAAUUUCUUAACGGAUGGCCAGACGAUCAAUUGAUUCAUAAUCUUACAUUAAACAUACAUAAGUAA